AUGGCCCGCGAAUGGCACCCUCGCGCCGUCGCUCAAAUCGCACUUCGCAGCGCCCAGUUCCUAUUUUCCUGCAUCAGCGCCGCUCUAUAUGCAGUUGACCUUGCCAACUGGUCUGGCACCAACACCCACGCCAAUCCUAACUGGAUCUAUGCCGAGUUCGUCUCCGUGGUAUCUGUGUUCACCUGCAUUGCCCAAUGGUGGCUUGCACUCCCUCGCACGGCCUCGGCGAUCUGGGACAGUGUGGUGUUCCUGCUCUGGCUCGUCGUUGUUGCCAUAUUCAGCCAAUUUCUCUCCGGAAACAAGGCCCCCGAGGGACCGUAUUCAACAGGCAGGGUCAGUGCUGCAGUGGGCAUUGACGCUUUGAAUAUGGCGUUAUGGUUUGCGUCGGCAGUGGAGGUGUGUUUAUGUUGUGGUGCUCGGCAACAAUUGGUGAAGCAAAAGGAGCCCCAGACGUCAGAGCGAUCAGAAGCCUUUACUUCAGAGGAAGUAAAGACCCCCGAGGAACAGCCGCCGCCAUACGAAAAGGUGUAG